UUGUUUGUCAGUAAAUUAUUUUCUUGAGGGAUAGAGUUUUUUUCUACUGUAGAGAUAUUCCCAAUAGAAAGACUAUACUGUUGCAACAUAACACUGGGUUGACUGCCUGCCAGCUUUUUGGCCAAUUAUCAAAUUAAUUAAGGUCGUCUCCUUGAGUUCGUUCGAAGUCUGCCAGAAAUACUCGAAAAGUUAUUUAAAUUAAACAAUUUCGAAGUGGAGCGGUAGAAAUGGCGCCAAAAUUGACGCCAUUUCCUUCAAUGGUCCAGCAAAGAUGGCAUCAUUUCAAAAUUGUCACUUUGGCAAUUGGAAUUUUAUUGACAACAACAACAAUAACACCAACAACAGCCACAAAAACUACAGCAGCCCAAGAUAUAUCAUCCAAAUUCCAACACUACAACGACAAUGAAAACUCCAUUUACAGUCAUAACGGAAAUCUAGAUGACGCUGUCGAUGAUGCUGAUGCGGUCGCCAGUACAGUUACCACCACAAGUAUUGGGGCGAUGGCAGCGAGCAAUAUUGAAACACCCAAUAUAUUUACAUGCCCGUCGGAAGGUUUAUAUCCACAUCAAUAUGAAUGUCACCUGUACUAUCGUUGCGAACAACAGACGACAGAUGGGUAUGUCAAAGCCUAUUUACUGAGCUGUAGGAGGGGUACAAUAUUCUCACGUGAUUUGAAAUUAUGUAUGCCUCCAUUGUUGGCAAAUCGUGAAGAAUGUCAACAUUAUGGCAAUGAAAUCGAUACACUAGCAAGCGACGGUGAUGAUGAUGCCGAGAACGAUAUUACACUUGGCGGGGGUGACUCUACUGGCAAUGCUGCCAACAUUGAUGAGAGUAUUGAUAACCGAUUGAUGCAUAUAUUGCAAAUGGCCGGUGCCAGGAUGGGCGCCAGCGGUGGGGUUGCGAACAAUGGUAAUGCCAUGGCUGCCGGUACAUACAAGCAAUGGCAGAAUUAUGGUCUAACAGGAUUAAGCGGUGUUUCGGUAAUUUCCUUUUCAACAUCAUCUGCACGUUCGGCAGCAGCAGCAAGUGCAGAUAACGACCAGGGACCACCAUGUAAAGAUGAUGGAUUUAUGAGCGAUCCAGAUGAUUGCACCGUAUUCUAUCGUUGCAUAUCGAAUGGCCAGACAUUUAAUAAAAUUGGCUUCCGCUGUUCCGAUGGCACAGCAUGGGAUGAAUCACUGCAAUCGUGUAAUCAUUUGGCCAAUGUUCGCAAUAACGGUGGAUGUCUGAAUAAGAAGGAGGGCAUACAAAUGGAUGAAUAUGAACAGACGACAUCAACACAGACUGGUUAUCAAAAUACGACAACAUCUUCGUCAAGUUCACAGCAGCAACAGCAGAGUUCUACAUCGUCAUCAAUGACUUCAUCGUCGUCUUCCACAUCAUCAUCUUCAUCUUCGUCCUCGUCUUCGCACCAGCAGCAACAAGCAUCUUCCACUCAAUCAAGUAGUACGGAAAGUUCUUCUUCAUCUUCCACCAGCACUCAAAGCUCCUCUUCAUCCUCUUCAAAUUCAUCUUCGUCUUCAAGCAGCCAACAAUCAACGACGUCAUCCAGCUCAGCGGCGAAUAUGGAGAGUUCUACCCAGCAGUCCUCAUCGUCCAAUAAUCAAAGCUCAAAUUCUCAGAACUCAAAUGCCAAUAAUAAUCAGUCAUCCAGCGCCGGAGGUUCCACCUCAGAUAAUAACAAUCAAUCCUCCAAUAGUCAAGGAUCUACCUCUCAAAACUCUAAUUCCAACUCGAACAAUAAUCAAUCGUCUACAACAUCAUCAAGUUCUACUGCGAACACGGAAAGUUCUACACAGGAGUCCAACAGCAAUCAAAGUUCGAACUCAAAUUCCAACAACAAUCAAUCUUCUUCUUCAUCCUCGAAUUCCCAGCAAAAUACUCAAGGUUCCAAUUCCAAUAACGGAAAUGCCUCAAGUUCAUCGUCCAAUUCCACAUCGUCUUCGAAUAAACCAGCUUCUACAAAAUGCGAAGAUGAAAACACCUACAUUCCCGAUAUGGAGGAUUGUGCCAAAUUCUAUCGUUGUCGCGAUAAUGGUAACGGUACUCUGGAAAUGGUUACUUUCACCUGUGGACCCGGUACUGUAUGGAAUCAAGAUGACAAAGUUUGUGAUUUGCCAACGGAAUCGCAACGUGAAAAAUGUAAAAUCUCCUCCUCCAACUCGCAACAAAGUUCAUCAUCGUCGAACCAACAAGCCGGCUCAUCCAAUACCUCGUCAAACCAACAAACGGGCUCAUCCAACACACAAUCUUCUUCAAACUCAACAUCAUCAAGCAAUAAUCAGUCUGGAUCUUCCAGUUCUAAUCAAUCAGGUUCAUCCUCAAACAAUAAUCAAUCAUCGUCAAACAAUCAGUCUGGAACUUCAAGUUCUUCCUCGUCAAACAAUCAAUCAGGCUCUUCUUCAAACAACAAUCAAUCAGGGUCGUCUUCAAGCAACAAUCAGUCGCAAUCUUCAACUUCGGGCGCCAACAAUGAAGAGGGAAAACCUCACAAACCAUCCAAUCCUAAUGGGAAAUGUAGCAAUACCGAAACAUAUCUUCCGGAUAAAACCGAUUGCUCUCGUUUCUAUCGCUGUUUGGACAACGGAAAUGGUGGUUUCGAUAUAAUCGGAUUCGACUGUGCACCCGGAACAGUGUGGGAUGCCGAUUCAAAGGGCUGCAAUCAUCCAACAGAUGUGCAGAAAGAACAAUGCAAGGCAAUGGCUGCCGGAGCUGGCAGUUCUCAACAGCAAGAAUCAAGUUCAUCAGCAUCUACAACACAGGGAUCCUCAUCUAGCUCGGGAAGUCAACAACAGGGUUCCAGUUCGAGCAAUCAACAACAACAAGGAUCAUCUUCAUCACAAGAGUCAUCUAGCAGUUCCAAUAAUACUCAGGGACAUGGAUCAUCCGGCUCUCAAUCCUCACAAAGCUCAUCAUCAACAACGGAAUCCAAUCAAUCAACCAACUCAACAACCCAGUCUGCUAGCAGUCAAGAAUCUUCAAGUACACAAAGUAGUUCCCAGUCAUCAACGAGUAGUACACAAAGUGGCUCAUCCUCCAGUUCACAAUCCAAUCAGGGUUCCCAGUCAUCCUCAAGCACAGGUUCAAAUCAGUCUUCUGGCAGCAAUCAAACUACCGAAUCGUCUUCAAAUACUGAAUCUAGUCAAUCUUCUAGCUCUCAAUCGAAUCAGACUGCAUCAAAUUCCACCGAGAGUAGUGUCAGUUCCACCUCAGGUAAUCAAAGUUCCAAUAGCACAACAGGUUCUCAGGAAUCUGGUGGCAGUUCAACAGAGACCCAAACAACAACCCUGCAACCGUUUAUCCCCGCCACCGAAUGUGAAAGUGAGGAAACAUUUUUGGAAGACAAGGAAGACUGUAGCAAAUUUUACAGAUGCCUAGAUAAUGGCAAAGGUGGUUACUCCAAGGUUUCAUUCAAGUGUCCCCCCGAUACCAUUUGGCAUCCGGAGGCCAAUAGUUGUGACCACCCUGCUCAAGUACCAACACGAGAUUGUAAAAUGCCACCGCCAUCAAACAGCACAGCCGAGUCCUCAACCACCACAGAAACCACGCAGGGCAGUUCUACUGGUCAGUCAUCAACCACAGGUCAAUCAUCGAGCUCUUCAUCCAGCAAUUCGCAAGAGUCCGGCCAAAGUUCGACGACAACCCAGGAAUCUUCGACAGCCUCACAGUCUUCGUCAUCACAAAGCUCUUCAUCAAAUCAGGAAUCUAGCACAAGUGGAUCUUCGUCUAGCCAGGAAUCCAAUACUACUCAAAGUAGUUCAAGUUCCUCUGGCUCUUCCACAUCCUCGUCUCAGGAAUCUAAUACUACCCAAUCUUCUUCCUCUUCACAAAGUUCAUCAUCCACCCAAGAAUCCAGCACUAGCCAGAGUAGCUCUAGCACAUCGUCGUCAUCAUCAUCGACUCAGGAAUCAAACACAACACAAGGCACUUCAGGGUCUUCCAGUACAUCAUCAACAACCCAAGAAUCUACCUCACAAAGCAGCUCAGGAUCAUCAUCUACUUCAUCGACAACACAAGAAUCCAGCUCUUCGUCCACAACGCAAGGAAGUUCCUCUUCAUCGCAACAAUCCGGUUCCCAAUCAUCCAGCUCAAAUCCGGUCGGAUCAUGCAAUAGCAACAAUCAGUAUUUGGAAGACUCCAAAAACUGUGCUCGUUUCUAUAGAUGUGUGAAAAACAGUAAAGGCGGCUAUGACAAGGUGGCCUUUACAUGUGGUCCCGGUACCGUGUGGGAUCCCCAAAUUGAGGCCUGCAACCAUGCCUGGGCUGUGAAGGAUCGUAAAUGUGGCACUGCAAGUAGUUCUACUGAAAUGGGUGGAUCCUCUGGCCAGCAAACAACUAAAAAACCGACAACAACUCAACGUCCCCCCUCAACCACUACAAUGACGACCAGCAAACCAAUUGAACAACCACCAACCGUAGCCCCAGUCACAAACAAACCAACCCAGAAACCUACCACAACCACCCAACCACCCACAGCUCCAACUCCGGAAAUUUGUAAGACCGAUGGCUUUGUAGGCGAUCCCAAUGAUUGUACCCGUUUCUAUCGCUGCGUUUCCAAUGGAAAGGGUGGAUUUACUCAAUAUCCCUUCCGUUGUGGUCAAGGCACCGUCUGGGAUAGUGAUUUACAGACCUGUAAUCACGAUUUAAAUAAAUGCAAUACCAAUGAGGGCGCCGUUCAAAAACCAACCACCCUAAAGCCGGAAUAUACAACAACUACAGGAAAACCCCAAGGGCCUCCAAUUACGACGUCUAUGCCAGGCUAUGAGCCAACAACAACUAUAAAACCCCAAGAAGGAACCUCUACAACGGGGUCGCCCCAAACAAGUACCACAAGCCCACCUGGUUAUGAACCAACCACAACCCCAAGACCUCAAGAGGGCACAACAAUCACCACCGAAUAUCCCCACGAAUCCAGCACAACCACAAUGAAACCGGAUCCCAACAAACCCAUUGGCUCCAAGGAUCCCUGCCCCAAGGAAGGUUUCUUUGGCGACAAAGAUGAUUGCCAACGAUUCUUUAGAUGUAUUGACAAUGGCAAGGGUGGCUUUGAGAAACAUUCCUUUAAAUGUGGUAACGACACCGUCUGGGAUGCAGAUAUCGAAAGCUGCAAUCAUCCUUCAGAAAUUUCCGAUCCCAAGUGUCGUCAAGGAAUUACCACAGCACAAUCUGAAUAUACCACAACGACAACAGCAAAAUAUCCAGGAGAAGAUACCACCACAGUUGCGCCCACAACAUCAACAACACCCGUACCAAACUUGCCACCUGGAAGGGAAUGUAAAGGUGAAGGAUUUAUGGCCGAUCCAGAUAAUUGUCAAAAAUUCUAUCGCUGCCUACAAAAUGGCAAUAGCUACGAACGGCAUGAGUUCAAAUGUGCCAAGGGAACGGGAUGGAAUGAAGAUAAACAGGCAUGUGAUUAUAGGGAGAAUAUUGAACGUUGUCAGGGUACGACGGAGGAACCGGAACCAGAAACCACAACCAUGGAAUAUGUGACCAGCACCACGGAGAAAUAUACCACAACCACGUAUAAGCCGACAAUGACCACAACUACGCAGGAAACUGAGACAACGACUACUUUCAAGCCCACAAUGACCACAACUACUCAGGUUAGCGAAACCACAACAACUUACAGACCUACAGUGACAACCACUACCCAAACAGCAGAGACAACAACCACUUACAAACCCGCUGAAACUACAACUAGUCAAUAUCCCACCACAACGGUGGUUGGCGAAACAUCUACUACCACGGAUUACACCACAACCAUGCAGCCAACAACAUCAACUACACCAAUUCCAAAUCUGCCACCCGGUAAGACCUGCAAUGCUGAAGGAUUCAUGCCUGAUCCAGAUAAUUGUCAAAAAUUCUACCGCUGCAUUAAAGCCGGCACAGGGUAUGAGAAACACGAAUUCAAGUGUUCCAAGGGAACAGCAUGGAAUGAAGACAAGCAAGCAUGUGAUUAUCGGGAAAAUGUUGAACGUUGCGCUGGUACGACUGAAGAACCAGCAAUGGAAACAACAACAGAAGAAUUUGUGACCGGCACAACACCCGUUUAUGAGAAACCUACAUCGUUGAAACCCGAAACUACAACCACUGAAUACAUGUCCAGUACGACCACAAUACCAACGACAACAACAACCAUAACUGAUAAGUAUCCAACCUCAACAAUACCUCCUGAAUCAUCCACCAUGCCGUCGGAAACGACGACUGAUUAUACUACCACAAUGGAACCCACAUCAACUACUCCAGUUCCCAAUUUGCCACCGGGCAAAGAAUGUACCGGUGAAGGUUUCAUGCCAGAUCCCGACAAUUGUCAAAAAUUCUAUCGUUGUAUUCAAACGGGUAAAGGCUAUGAAAAGCACGAAUUCAAAUGUUCCAAGGGAACGGCAUGGAAUGAGGAUAAGCAAACAUGUGAUCACAGGGCAAAUGUUGACCGCUGCGCUGGUACCACCGAAGAACCUGAAAUGGAAACAACUACUGAGGAAUUUAUGAGUAGUACCACACCAGGUUAUGAGAAACCAACCACGAUAAAGCCGGAAGGUACCACAACCACCGAAUAUGUUACCAGUACGACGGAUAAAUACACGACAACUACUUCAAUGCCAACGACAAACACCGAUAAGUAUCCCCCCUCAACCACAACUGGCGAAUCAUCAACAAUAACUUCAGAAACCACAACCAUGGAACCCACAUCAACAACUCCGAUUCCUAACUUACCUCCUGGCAAAGAGUGCACCGGGGAAGGAUUCAUGCCUGAUCCUGAGAAUUGCCAAAAAUUCUAUCGCUGUACUCAAACACCUGGCAAGGGCUAUGAAAAACAUGAAUUCAAGUGUUCCAAGGGAACAGCAUGGAAUGAAGACAAGCAAGGUUGUGAUUAUAGGGAAAACGUUGAACGGUGCGCAAGUACAACCGAGGAGCCGGAAAUGGAAACAACCACUGAAGAAUUUAUAAGCAGUACCACACCCAGUUACGAGAAACCCACGACAAUGAAACCAGAAACUACCACAGAAUACAUAACCAGUACAACAUCCGGUUACGAGAAGCCCACAACAAUGAAACCGGAAACCACCACAGGGUACGAAUCCAGUACAACGGACAAAUAUACUACAACUACAAAUAAGUACCCCACAACAACUGCCGAAUCAUCUACAAUUUCCUCGGAAACCACAACUAUGGAACCUACAUCAACAAUGCCGAUACCUAAUUUACCUCCUGGCAAAGAGUGCACCGGGGAAGGAUUCAUGCCCGAUCCUGCAAAUUGUCAAAAAUUCUAUCGUUGUACACAAACUGCUGGCAAAGGCUAUGAGAAACAUGAAUUCAAGUGUUCCAAGGGCACAGCGUGGAAUGAAGACAAGCAAGCUUGUGAUUAUCGGGAAAAUGUUGAACGUUGCGCAGGUACGACCGAAGAACCAGAAAUGGAAACAACCACAGAAGAAUUUUCAAGCAGUACAACUCCUGGUUACGAGAAACCCACGACAAUGAAACCGGAAACCACCACCGAAUACAUAACCAGUACAACAUCCGGUUACGAGAAGCCUACCACAAUGAAACCGGACACCACCACGGAGUAUGUUACCAGCACAACCGAUAAAUAUACCACAACUACCAGCAUGCCAACAACUACUACCGAUAAAUAUCCCACCCCAACAACUAGCGAGUCAACCACAAAUCCUUCGGAGACCACGACCAUAGAGCCUACAUCUACAACUCCAAUACCAAAUUUGCCGGCCGGAAAGGAAUGUAAUGCCGAGGGAUUUAUGCCUGAUCCUGAUAAUUGUCAAAAAUUCUAUCGCUGCAUUAAAUCCGAUAAGGGCUAUGAGAAACAUGAGUUCAAAUGCGCCAAAGGUACGGCCUGGAAUGAAGAUAACCAAGCAUGUGAUUAUCGAACAAAUGUUGAACGCUGUCAAGGACAAACCGAAGAGCCUGAACCCGAAACUACAACCGAGGAAUAUGUACAAAGUACAACAGAUAUAUAUACUACAACAACAACAGGUUAUGAUAAGCCCACAACAGAGGAAGCAAUGACUACCAGCACAACAUACCGCCCAAGUGUGACCACAACAUCCAAACCCAUAGAAACAACAACUUCAUCCGGUACUACCACAACAUACACGCCUGACUACACCACAACAGUCCAACCAACCUCAACCACGCCUGUUCCCAAUUUACCGCCAGGAAAUAAGUGUAGCGGCGAAGGAUUUAUGGCUGAUCCCGAUAACUGUCGAAAAUUCUACCGUUGUGAAAAGUCCGCCAAUGGUUAUGCCAAACACGAAUUUAUGUGUGCUAAGGGUACAGGCUGGAGUGAGGAAAAACAGACAUGUGAUCAUCGAGACAAUAUCGAACGGUGCCAGGGUCAAACGGAAGCUCCAGAACCAGAAACUACAACUAUGUCCACAGAAAGUUUAACAACUACAACCACAGUUUCGUAUGAGACGACGACCUUGGAGCCCACCACCGCAAUGCCAUCUACAACCACAACUGGAUUGCCAACUACUACCACCGAGCCCUCAUCAACAAAACCAAUAACUACAACUGAAAUACCAACAACUUCAACGGAGAUGUCAACCACAACAGUUCCAAGUACAACAACGACUGAAUUGCCAACCACGAAACCCACAACUACAACAGGGAUGCCCAGUACAACCUGGGUACCCUCAACAUCAACGACGGAAGAAGCCACUGACAACACGACAACAAUGCAACCAACGACAGUAUCACCAAUACCAAACCUUCCGGCGGGCACCAAAUGUACUGGUGAAGGUUUCAUGGCUGAUCCGGACAACUGUCGUAAAUUCUAUAGAUGUAUUGAAAAUAACGGCAAAUAUGAUCGUUAUGAGUUUAUGUGUGACAAGGACACAGCCUGGAGCGAGGAAAAGCAAACCUGUGAUUAUGCCGAAAAUGUGGAACGCUGUGAAGGCCAGACAGAAGCUCCAGAAACAACAACCACAUAUAAACCUACAACGACCACUGAGUGGAACACAACAACAACAACGGAAGAAACUAGCACCACUACAACGGCACCUGAGACAACAACAACAACCAUUCAAACAACUACCCAAGGUCCAGAUUAUACAACAACUACUACAGAGACUGGAGAAACCACAACCACGGGUAUGCCUGGUUAUGUCCCGACGACGAUAACACCACCUGCCACCACCACAGAAGCAGGAACGACCACCGAUUCCGCAACAACAGAACAAUAUGAAACCACGACCAUGGAACCCAUUAAUCAUAGUUGUACCGCUGAGGGCUUCUUCCCUGAUCAGGAUGACUGCAAUCGUUAUUAUCGUUGUGUAGAAGGUUCUAAGAAGGGAACCUAUAAUGUCUACAGUUUCCGUUGUCCCAAUGGAACAGUGUGGGAUACUUCAUUAGAUACCUGUAAUUAUGCUGAUCAGGUAUCGGGUAAUUGUUCUUCGGGAGCCAGUACAACGACAGAAAUGUCUACAACCGAAAUUGCUAGCACUGGUAAACCAGAAACAACAACCAUCGAUUAUCCAAAGGAAACGACGACGACGACAACAACUGAUAAACCUGAAAGUACAACGAUGGAAAAUCCUAAGGAAACUACCACAACUGUUCAGCCAGAGACAACAACAACUGAGAAUCCAAAAGAGACAACAACAACUGGUAAACCUGAGACGACAACAACAGACAACCCCAAGGAGACCACAACCACGGACAAUCCAAAGGAAACAACGACAACGGAUAAUCCCAAGGAGACCACCACAACCGAUAAUCCCAAGGAGACCACCACAACAGAUAAUCCCAAGGAGACCACCACAACAGAUAAUCCCAAGGAGACAACAACAACGGAUAAUCCUAAGGAGACCACUACAACUUCUCAACCAGAAACCACAACUACAGAUAAUUCCAAAGAAACAACUACAACUAGUAAACCGGAGCCAACAACAACAGAUAAUCCCAAGGAGACCACUACCACCGAAAGCCCCAAGGAGACCACUACCACAGUUAAUCCUAAUGAGAUCACCACAACUGCCCAGCCAGAGACGACAACGACGGAUAGCCCGAAGGAAACGACCACGACCGACAAACCCCAGACAGAGGCCACAGACCAGCCUGAGACAACGAGUAAUAUGACGGCACCCUGUCCACAAACUGAGGAAGGACAAUCCCUUUUCAUUUGCCCCACCGGGUUUAGACGGCAUCCCAAACACUGCAACAUGUUCUAUCAGUGUACCGAAAAACAAGACAGCUACGAUCAAAAUAUCGUCGUUUUCCAGUGUCCCAACGGUACAGUGUACCACGAAGACUUAAACAAAUGUGAUUCCCCCAAAAAGGGUGAGCAAUGCGACAUAAAGGCACGCACUCAAGGUGGUCUCUUUGAAGACGAAUACAAACAAAGUCAUACGAUACAAAUUCAAUCCACCGCUCCCCUUUGCCCGGCCGAGGGCCACUUUGCUGUGAACGGUGAUGAAUGUGGUCAAAUAUUUAUUAAAUGUCAAUAUUCAAGUGGCGCCCAACGCUUGGAGGGCCAAAUCUUCAGAUGUCCCAAAGGUUUCGCCUAUUGGUCGGUUAGUCGCCGCUGUGAAAGAGCUCAAAAGCUGCAAAACUGUACAACCACAAAAUAUGACAUUUCCUCAUCAAUUCCCGUCGAAUGGUCAAAUAUUGGAGCUAGACGCAGAGCAUUUAGAGUUUAGUCAAUUUCCUUAAUACCAUAAGUAUUUAUAUAAUAGAAUUAAUAUUUAGGAAAUCAGGUUUAGUCCGAAACGUCGAGACAUGAUUGUUUGUUCUGUUUGUGAAAUCGCUGAGCGCGUAUACGUGACAAUAUCACUCAUACGCCGCCACACAGGCAAUGGAGCGAUUUCGUAUACAUCAUAAACAAUCUUUGGAUCCGUUUUCAAUUUAUUUAAGUUCCUUUUGGGUUUUUUCAAAUAUUUUUCAUUGGUGACGGUAGUUAACAUACCUAUAUUUUCGAAAUUACAUUUGUAUUAUUUGGUGUAUGGCAAAUCGGGUAUCUUAUCAAAUAAGCUAGACUGCGUAUCAUUUUUGUAAGUAAUAGAUAUUCACAUAAUUGAUAUAGACUUAUAGUACUAAUUUCUUAUAGUAAUAUAUGAAUAUAUAUCGAAUAAAUGCCAUAAUAUUUUUUAUAUAUAUUUAAA